AUGCUAACUCUGAUUCUAUCUAUCUAUCUAUCUAUCUAUCUAUCUAUCUAUCUCUCCUCAUAUCUAUCUAUCUAUCUAUCUAUCUAUUUAUCUGUUGUGAUCAAAGAGUGGACACCACAACAUCUAUCUAUCUAUCUAUCUAUCAAUCUAUCUAUCUAUCUAUCUCAAUCUCUUCAUACCUAUCAGUUUGUUCAUAUCUAUCUAUCUAUCUAUCUAUCUAUCUAUCUAUCUAUCUAUCUAUCUAUCUGUUGUGACGAACAUUCAUCAUCACCUACCCCCUCCAUUUAUACAUCCUUCUUCGGAUUCUUCUUCUUCUUCUCCUCCUCCUCUUUCUUCUUCUUCUCCUCCUCCUCUUUCUUCUUCUUCUCCUCCUUCUCUUCCUCCUUCUUUUUCUUCUUCUUCCUUCUCUUCUUCCUCCUCCUCAUCUCACUUCUUCUUCUUCUUCUUCUAAGCAUUCUUCGGAUUCUUCUUCAUUCUUCUUCUCUUCCUCCUCCUCUUUCUUUUUCUUCUUCUCCUCCUCCUAUUCCUUCUCCUCUUCCUCCUCCUCCUCCUCCUCCUUUUCUUCUUCUUCUUCUUCUUCUAAGCAUUCUUCGGAUUCUUCUUCGUUUUCUUAACAUUCUUUUUCACCUCGUCCUCCUUCUUCAUUUAAACAUUCUUCUUCAGAUUCUUCUUCUCUUCCUCCUCCUCUUUCUUUUCUUCUUCUUCUCCUCCUUCCCUCCCCUUCCUCCUUCCCCUUCUUCCUCUUUCUUCUUCUUCUUCUUCUUCCAUUCUUCUUCUUUCUUUUCCCUUUCUCUCUCUUUCCAACUCUCUCUAUUCCACCUCUCUCUUUCCAUUCUCUUUUUUCCCCUUUCUCUUUCCCCUCUCUCUUUCCACCUCUUUUUCCACUUUCUCUUUCGACCUCUCUCUUUCUUUCCACCUUUCUCUUUUUUGGGGGAGACUUUCACCUCUCUCUUUUCCACCUCUCUUUUUCCACUUUCUCUUUCGACCUCUUCUUUCUUUCCACCUUUCUCUUUCCCCCUCUCCUUUCUCCUCUCUUUCCACCUCUCUUUUUCCACUUUCUCUUUCGACCUCUCUCUUUCUUUCCACCUUUCUCUUUUUCACCCUCUCACUUUCACCUCUCUCUUUCCACCUCUCUUUUUCCACUUUCUCUUUCGACCUCUCUCUUUCUUUCCACCUUUCUCUUUUUCCCCCUCUCACUUUCACCUCUCUCUUUCCACCUCUCUUUUUCCACUUUCUCUUUCGACCUCUCUCUUUCUUUCCACCUUUCUCUUUUUCCCCCUCUCACUUUCACCUCUCUCUUUCCACCUCUCUUUUUCCACUUUCUCUUUCGACCUCUCUCUUUCUUUCCACCUUUCUCUUUUCCCCUCUCCUUUCACCUCUCUUUCCACCUCUCUUUUCCACUUUCUCUUUCUCUUUCUCUUUUCUUUUCCACCUUUCUCUUUUACCCCCUCUCACUUUCACCUCUCUUUCCACCUCUCUUUUUCCACUUUCUCUUUCGACCUCUCUUUCUUUCCACCUUUCUCUUUUACCCCCUCUCACUUUCACCUCUCUCUUUCCACCUCUCUUUUUCCACUUUCUCUUUCGACCUCUCUCUUUCUUUCCACCUUUCUCUUUUCCCCCUCUCACUUUCACCUCUCUCUUCCACCCUCUCUUUUCCACUUUCUCUUUCUCUCCUCUCUCUCUUUCCACCUUUCUCUUUUUUCCCUCUCACUUUCCACCUCUCUCUUUCCACCUUUCUUUUUUACCCCCCUCUCCCUUUCUUUUCCACCUCUCUUUUCACUUUCUUUCCACCUUUCUCUUUUCCCUCUCUUUUUCCCCUCUCUCUUUCCACGUCUCUUUUUCCUCUCUUUUCCAUUUUCUCUUUCGACCUCUCUCUUUCCACCUUUUUUUUUUCCACCUUUCUCUUUUUCCCCCUCUUUCCACUUUCUUUUUGACCUCUCUCUUUCCACCUUUCUUUUUCCACUUUCUCUUUUUCCACCUCUCUUUUCUUUCCACCUCUCUUUUCCCCCCUCCACUUUCCUCUUUUUCCCCUCUCUUUUCCACUUUCUCUUUCGACCUCUCUCUUUCCACCUUUCUUUUUUCCCCCUCUCACUUUCACCUCUCUCUUUCCACCUCUCUUUUUCCACUUUCUCUUUCGACCUCUCUCUUUCUUUCCACCUUUCUCUUUUUCCCCCUCUCACUUUCACCUCUCUCUUUCCACCUCUCUCUCUCCACCUUUCUCUCUUUACACCUCUCUCUUUACACCUCCGCCUUUACACCUCUCCUAUCUAUCUAUCUAUCUAUCUAUCUAUCUAUCUAUCUAUCUAUCUAAUUUCAGUCAUUUCAUUAUCUGUCAGUUUUAUCUAUCUAUCUAUCUAUCUAUCUAUCUAUCUAUCUAUCUAUCUAUCUAUCUAUAUAUCUAUGUCAGUCAUUUCAUUACUAAUGGAAGUUUUAAUUAUCUAUCUAUCUAUCUAUCUAUCUAUCUCAGUCAUUUCAUUAUAUAUGUCAGUUUUAUCUAUCG